AUGGAUGACUGCAAGCCAAUUUCAACUCCAUUGGAUAUUAACCAGAAAAUUUCAAAAGAUAUGUGCCCACAAACAAAGGAAGAGAGUGAUGACAUGAAAACCAUACCGUACCAAGAAGCAAUAGGAAGUAUUAUGUAUGCAGCUCAAGUAAGCCGUCCUGAUGUAUCGUUUGCAGUGGGGGCUUUAGCUAGAUACAACAAUAAUCCUGGAAAGGCACACUGGCAAGCAGUAAAGCGCAUAAUGAGAUACCUCAAAGGAACAAUAAAUUACAAGUUGCAGUUCUCAAAAGAUGAAAAUGUACAUAUUGAAGGAUUCUCAGAUGCGGAUUGGACUGGCGACUUAGAUGAUAGAAAAUCAACUUCUGGUUACGUUUUCAAAUUUCAAGGAGGUUGCAUUUCGUGGAACUCCAAGAAGCAACAAACAACAGCUUUAUCAACAACAGAAGCUGAGGCAAGAGGCGUUGUGGCUACGAUCUCUGUUCAAUGA